UGACAAACAGUGAUCUCCACAAUCAAGUGCCUUGGUAGUUAGCUUCCCAACAUGCCUAAGAAAAAGAAGGGGAAGGGAGGGAAGAAGAAAAAGAAGAGUUUGUCCCGAGGAGAUGGAGAGGCUCCAGAGGAUGGGGAGGGUGCUGUCAACACAGCCAUGGGGGCACUGCAAGCAGACGGAACACUAGCAGCAGCAGAUGAUGGAAAAAAGAAAAAAAAGAAGAAGAAGAAGAAGUUGACAAAAUCUGAAAGGGCUGCACUGAAGUUAGAGAAAGCCAUCAAUGCUUACAUGUCCCAGGAAGAGCACUAUCGUAACUUCAUAGACACAAUCCACAACUGGCUCACGGACAAAAAGAACGCCGAGAAGAUGACACAGCUGUUUGCUUAUUAUGACACAAGAGGAGAGAAUCAUGUCACUUAUGAUGAAUUUAAAGCAGGUAUGCGUGACCUCAAUAUUCCGUGCAAUGUAUUAGAACUUCACAUCUUGGCCAAGCUCUUGGAUAAAGAGGAUAUAGAAGAAAUUGACUACACCAUGCUCCCUAAAGGACUGUCCUUUAUUAGGGAAGCAAUGGAUGAUGAUUCAGAUUCUGAAUCAGAGGAAGAAGAAGCAGAAGUCACAGAGACCCCAGUGGAGGGAAAUGUGAAACCCCUAAACACAACGCCUAUGCAACUGCUCCUAGGGCAGACACCCCAAGACAAGCCUACGCAAGAGGAGACUGACACACAGAAAUAUGAGAAGAUUAAGUUAAUCAUGAGUCAGAGGAAGCUGCCUGCCUGUUCAGGAUGCAAGCUGGGCAUAUCAGAACCAUACAAGCCAAAGAAAUCUAAGUACAUACAGCUGGAACUGAAGCUAGCCACCUUUGCAAAUCUGAACAAACCCCUUCCCCUGAAUUUAAUCAAGUUGCUCCCUGCCCACACAACUGUAGCUGGUCUGAUCAGUUUGGUGGUAAGUGAGCUUCACGUCUCUUCCUCCACCAUCGCCAUUUUCAGGGACACAUCCAGAGAUCCUGAGAUGGCGCUGGAUCCCAGUACGACGCUGGAGGAAAAUGGCUACCCUGGUGGCAGUUACGACUCACCUCAGCUCUUGACUCUGUAUUAUGAUUAUAUCGUGGAGUUCAGAGAUUGCCCGUUAUUAAUGUGUGAUCACUAUAUGAGGAAAGUUCCCAUAGAACAGAUUAUGAAGUCCAUAAAGAGGUAAUGGACAUUGAUAACGAUGUUCAGUUUUUCAUUGCAAUAUAUUUAAAGAAUCAUCGUAACAAGCAAGACAAUCAUGUUUAAAUUUAUAGAGCACUUUCGUCUUGGAAUGAUUUACCGGUAGUAUUGUUUAAGGAAGAGUUGUGGAAUUAUGGUGUAUUUUCUCUAUAUAAUCUCUAAGAAAGUCUUUGAAAAAUACAAUGUUGUUUAGAUUGUUAUCAGAUAUUUCACAUUGUUCUGGUUACAAACUCCAAAAUAUCUCUCGUUUGAUUUAUGCUGAAGAAUGUGCCUUAAUAUGUCAAAUAUAUUUACAUACUUUCAUGUAAGGUGGUGAUUAUAAACUGUAGUUUUAUUUUAUUUUAUUUUUAGUUUUUUAUUUCCCAUAAUUAAAUGGAAAACCGAAUGCGAUGAAAAAAAUCAUCACAAGAUAUAAUUGUAUAUAGUCAAAGACAAAUAUAAAAUGCUUCAUGAAGCAUCAUUUUAAGUGGACUUUUCUCUCAUUUUAGCACUAGUUAUCAUAGAUGUAUUCUAUGGCACCUGUUAUACAUUUUUAAUAGAGUGAUUUUAUUGUUGAAUGCAUUAUGAAUCAAUUUACAGUAACUUAUUUUGUAAUCAAGAGAUGAACAUAUUUAUGAUAUAUAUAGUGGUUUCAUAUCAUGGAAGCGAUUAAUUCAGAUAAGCUGUAUGGAUCAUGCCUUGUGAUAUUUUUUUAAUGCAGAACUCCAGUUAAGAUUUAUAGAGUUGUGAUAUACAAACAUUUAGAUGUGGAAUCAAUUUUUUCAUGAAUCAUGUUAUAUGUGAUUAGAACAAAUAAGAAAUUGAUUUCAUUUUUUAACCUCUGCUGAUAGUUAUGAAUAUAUUUUAGCUUUAAUCAUUCACUUAUUCUUUUCCAUUUUUAGAAAAUAUUUAGAUAAGUUUAAGUGCAUAACGUCAUUACCUCCAAGUCUAUGUCCAAUAUCUCUAGUCUUUUUGUGCAUCAUUAUGUAACCCUCCGAUAUUUCAAUCUUGUGAAUAACAUCUAAUAAUAAGCUGUA